UCUUACCAUCACCUUCCGGUCUGCGACUCAAUCAACAUGGAUCCCAUCUACUAUUCCAAGGGCGAAUUCAUCGAAACUGACACAGGCAACAAAGUCUCGCGCCGCGCGACCAUCGCCGGCCCACAAAACAUCAUCCUCGGCGGCAAGACCAUUAUUUCCGGCAACGCAGUAAUCCGCGGGGACCUCAGACGAACAGGGCCUGGCCAUGCUGUCGUGAUAUCCCUGGGACGCUACUGCUUGGUCGGUGAAGGAUGCGUGAUGAGACCACCGUACAAGACGUAUCGCGGCAACUUCAAUUACUACCCCAUGAAGAUCGGGGACCACGUUCAUGUUGGCGCCAACACGAUCGUGGAGGCAGCGACUAUAGGGAACUACGUCGAGAUCGGGAAGAACUGCGUGAUCGGCAAAUUCACUAUCAUCAAGGACUGCGCGAAGAUAGCAGACAACACAAUCAUACCACCAAACACCGUCAUCCCAGCGCUAGCACUCUUCGGCGGCACUCCAGGUCACUUCCUGGAAGACCUUCCCGAAACGACGCAAGAACUCGUCGAAUCCUAUACGAAGGAAUUUUACCAACGCUUCCAGCCGUAUCCCGAGAGUGCGCGGUAACAUAUGCGUUCAUAAUCAAUACCCUCAACGCACUACCUAUACCCGACCCUACUAUGAGGUGCUUAAUGCUUAUUAUAGACAUGUUUUAUGCUGCAUUCCCGAGCGUCGGACGAUCCCA